CGACGUCCGACGUCUCUCUCGACUUUCCCAAGACGCCCGCCUGGACGGUUGUUCUCCAUAACCCGCACUAGUUCCUCCGCCAGCCAGAAGUCGUUGGUGCCCUGCCCUACCCUGCCCUGCCCUGCAUUGCAUUUUGCCUACUGCGCAUAUCCCUCCCUUCUUGAACCCGCCUCUUUUCCUUCUCCGUCUUCUUCUCCUACCCUUUGGCUUUUCCUUUUCCCCAUAGUAAGUACCCCUUGCCGCCCUUCGCUUCUUUGCCUGCCUUCGUCCUCGUCCUGCCGGGCCACGUCCCAUCUCCGUCUGCCUGCCUGCCUGCCUGCCUAUCUGUGUGCGUCGUUGACUGGGUGAGUGUUGCUUGCUCCACGCCCCCCCUCACCCCUCUUCUUUGUUUCAAUAUCGUGCCAGGUCAGAUUCCCUCGCAGCACACUCUCCCUGCAAUCCUCUACACAGUAAAUCCCAAACAGCACUACACUCAGCUUCCUGCCUGUUCAGCCUCCUGAGACGGUCGUCUGCCGCAGAGCCUGCUGCCAGGGCACCUCUUCACUCUGAUCCAGCAGGCCUGUCACGAGUCGCGCCCCAUCCCACCCCACGUCCGACCACUGUCGUCUUCCUCCCACGCCCUAUGUGGCCCUGCCAAUAAACAUCGGUCUUCUCCAUCCGCCUUCCUGCUGUCUUUAAACACGCCCGGGAAACCUAUCAAAACGAUGCCCAAAGCGUCUUCUCUUUCUUUGAACAUGCGUCCCAAAGCGAAUAAGGAAAAUGGCAAUUCCCCUCAGAGUCCGCUAAGUCCAAGGUCACCGCCUGCGAGCCACGGCGCCGCCGACGUUCCUCAUCAGGACUUGCCUCAGUCACCCGCAUCGAUAAAACCUCGCAAGGACUCCAAAAAUAUCUUCUCCAACUUCACAGCCACCAAGUCCUCCUCACGCUUGGUCAACGCAGACCUAGCAAGAUCUGAUCACAGUGCUAUCUACUCCAACGGUCGUGGUGGUGCAUCAACACCUGAUCUCAAACGCCCCGUCUACACGCCCAACUCUGAUGGUAAGCACCAUGGAAUUGCUGUGACAGUAUGCACGCUAAAAUAUUUAGAUGUGCGAUCCGAAUCCGGCGGCUUUGAUCAUUCCAACGGAGUCAGCGCAUCUCAUAGCAACUUGGAAAACGGCUCCGAAGAUUCCACAUCUCGGCAUGGUAACUCUAAGCCACAAAAACACGCAGGCGGUAUGGGUCGAUCUAGAUCGAUAAAACACGAAGAGAAUGGCCGAUCAAAACUCAGCAAGAACCAGACCCCCCAACUUUCCCCCGAGGUCACGGCAACAUGGACCCGCAAUGGCGAUAACCCUCCACUUAAGACUGCGCCUCUGGAUAAGGAUAAAUCCUGGCGCGGAAAUAUGGCUUUUGGCAAGCUACGAACGCAUUCCGCUGACCGCCACGACAAUUCGAAUCACCCUCACCGCAACAUCGAUGAUAGCCAUCUGCGCAAAGAUCGGGCAGACCAAGGUUCCGUUGCCUCGGGAUCCUUCAAUGAAAGUCGUGGUGCUCAAUUGAUGUCCAAUCUUGGAGUUGGGGCACGGAAGAUGGGGGAGAAGUUCGAUUCUGCUCGCAAGGGUGUCUUUGGAAAAUUGGGCCGCAGUUCCAGUAAUCAUGAAACCCAACCUCAACUUCCAAAAGAGCCAUAUCGAUUCAAAAUCAUCCAUACGCCACUAGUAGAGCAGACACGCUUGACGCGGAUCUCGAGGAGAUUGGAGCACUCCAAAGACAAGACGGAGUUUUGGAUGCCCGCGCUGCCCUGGCGGUGCAUAGAUUACUUGAAUAUGAGAGGAUGCGAAGAAGAGGGUCUCUAUCGAGUGCCUGGUGCCGCCCAUCAGAUCCGAUACUACGAACAAAAAUUUGAUCAAGUGCGAGAUAUUGAUCUAAUUGCCGAAGAAGACCUCAAUGACCCCAAUGUCAUUGGCUCCCUUUUCAAAAAUUGGCUACGCCAGCUCCCUGAUGAGAUCUUCCCCAAAGCAACACAAGCGCGUAUUCAACAAGAGUGUCAGGGUGCCAAGACUACACCGCAGAUGUUGAAGGAUGAGCUCUCCCGAUUGCCGCCGUUUAACUACUACCUCCUGUUUGCCAUCACUUGUCACAUCAGCCUGCUUCAUUCUUGUUCAGAGUUCAACAAAAUGAAUUACAACAAUCUGUGCAUUUGUUUCCAACCGGCCAUCAAGAUCGAUGCCUUCUGCUUCCAAUUCUUGAUUUUGGAUUGGCGUAAUUGUUGGCAGGGGUGCUGGACUGAGAAAGAAUAUCUGGUGGAAGAGGUCCGGUUGCUGGAAGCCCAGGAAAACCCUCAUAAACCUCAAGCCACUCCUUCUCGUAAUGGACACGGCGCAGUAAAAAGCAAGGGAUCACAAUCUUCGAACUAUCUUGGGGAAACUCUCAAGUCAUCUUCUGGGCGGAGCAGUUCCGCGGACCGAGCCAAAAGUCCCUCUUCUCGCGGCGUCUCUUCAGAUCGCAGCCUCACUUCGGGACGCACUACACCACCCAAUAACUCUGCUGGAGGUGGUCCGGAGAAAUCGGUCGUUGCUCAACGUGGCGCAAACCAGAGAGACCACUCUUCUGAUCGAGCAUUAUCUUCUCCAGACAAUCGCGAACCGCCGCGUAUAAGGGCCGAGUCAGUAGACGAUGAUUCGCUUGCGACGCCUACACAGGCUCAGCACGCGCGAGGUCAAUCGUCCACCACUGGUCAGUUUCGGCUGGACCUGAACAAUCCGCCCAGCUCUCCCUUUGACAUCAAGUUCUAAUGAACCGUACCUUAAUGAAUGAGAUGAGGGACAGAUGCGUGUUGGAUGAAAAAAAAAAUGGUGUUUGGUUUUGAAUUUGCUAUUCCACUUUUGCAUGUUUGCUUCUCAGUUUGAGCUGCCACGACGCCGCGAUACCCGUUCUAGUUCCUUUUGGGCUCGUGGUAGCAGUUGCGGUCGAGUUAGCUGUCCAGCGGCGGAGUUUGAUCUCGGGAGUUGUCCAUCAUCGAUCGGGCACGACUUAGCAUGUUUUACCUCUCUUCCUCUAUUGCCCCCAUGAAUCACCGCUUCAAAAUUCCACUUCUUCCCGCCCUCAGUUUUGCAAACCUGACCCUUCCUUUCUCGCCAUUGUGUUUUUUUUUUUUUGCAUUAAACGACUUUCUUAUGCUUGUGAGAGAGACAGGAAACAUUGUAUAAUAAGUAAUUAGAAGGAUAUAGGAGCUGCUGCAGCAGGCAAGCUUGGUCGUUCCGAUAGUAGU